AUGAGCGCUCAAUUGCGCCAAGACGAUGACGAGCCGAAGCUCCAAGAUGCCAAGGACGAAGAAGCAAACCGCUUGCUGCAGCCGCAGUCGCUGUCGCUGUCGUCGGCAUGGGAUGACGACGACGAGGUGGCUUUCGAGGCCAGAGAGAAGAUCCUGAUUGCCGAAGACGUGGACUCAAUCGACGCCGUCGAUGACAAUUCCACGGCGGUCCCGCCCUUCUCGUGGAAGAAGCUCUGGCUGUUCACCGGUCCGGGUUUCCUGAUGAGCAUAGCGUUCUUGGAUCCGGGUAAUUUAGAAGGGGAUCUCCAGUCGGGCGCGAUCGCCGGGUACUCGCUGCUCUGGCUUUUAAUGUGGGCCACCGCCAUGGGCCUGUUGGUCCAGCUGCUCUCGGCUCGGCUCGGGGUUGCCACGGGCCGGCACUUGGCGGAGCUUUGCAGGGAGGAGUAUCCGAAAUGGGCCGGGUUGGUGCUCUGGUUCAUGGCUGAGCUGGCGUUGAUUGGGGCGGAUAUUCAAGAGGUGAUUGGGAGCGCCAUUGCUAUUCAGAUUCUUAGCCAUGGGGUUUUGCCGCUCUGGGCUGGAGUUCUCAUUACGGCGUUGGAUUGGUUGGCUAAUUAUUUGAACAACGAGCUUGGGUCAAAUGACAUUAGUUUCAUCUUUUUAUUUCUUGAGAACUAUGGGGUGAGGAAGUUGGAAGCUGUUUUUGCAGUUCUCAUAGCAACUAUGGGUUUAUCGUUUGCCUGGAUGUUUGUUGACACAAAACCGAGUGGAAAAGAACUAUUAAUGGGGAUUCUGGUUCCAAGACUUAGCCCAAAAACAAUUCGGCAGGCUGUGGGGGUUGUGGGUUGUGUCAUUAUGCCACACAACGUAUUUUUGCAUUCUGCUUUAGUACAGUCAAGAAAUAUCAAUCCCCACAAGAAAGGACGGGUUCAAGAGGCACUAAACUACUACUCAAUUGAGUCAUCAAUUGCACUUUUUAUCUCCUUCAUGAUCAAUUUGUUUGUCACCACUGUUUUUGCUAAGGGAUUUUAUGGUACUAAACAAGCUGAUAGUAUAGGACUAGUAAAUGCUGGUCAGUAUCUUCAGGAGAAGUAUGGAGGAGGGCUUUAUCCGAUUCUUUAUAUCUGGGGUAUUGGGUUAUUGGCGGCUGGGCAAAGUAGCACAAUAACUGGAACAUAUGCUGGGCAGUUUAUCAUGGGAGGCUUCCUUAAUCUCCGUUUGAAGAAGUGGCUGAGGGCAUUGAUCACACGAAGUUUUGCAAUUGUGCCAACUAUAGUUGUAGCAAUUAUUUUUAAUAGGUCUGAGGCUUCGUUGGAUGUUUUGAAUGAAUGGCUUAAUGUGCUUCAGUCGAUUCAGAUUCCGUUUGCUCUUAUACCACUUCUUACCUUGGUGUCCAAGGAGCAGGUCAUGGGGGUCUUUAAGAUUGGACCUGUUCUUGAGAGAGUGGCAUGGACUGUGGCUGCUUUGGUGAUGGUGAUAAAUGGUUAUCUGUUGAUGGAUUUCUUCAUUUCUGAAGUCAAUGGACUGCUGUUUGUUCUUCUGGUCUGCAGUGGCACAGCUGCAUAUAUAACAUUUAUUGUAUAUCUUGUUUCACGUAGUGGUGUUCUCCCUUCCACAUUUUUCAGUUCAUUGUCCAAGAAGUUUGCAGACGCAGGGAUUUGA